AUAAUGGGUUGAGCAAAUCAAAUGGAAACGGUGUCCUCUCAAAGACGUCAUACGAAAACCCUAUUGUUCACUGCUGUUUACAAACAGGUUUUCCCAGAGCACCUUCAGUUGCAGAGAAAAUACGAGAAGCCAUCAUGCCCUACGAGGUGGAAUAUGCGUUUCCUGCAGGAGACGAAAGCGAUGGGAGCAACGAUGAGUGGGACCUUGGAUUUUCCAAGUCUAAAAGGAACACAUUAAUGAAGACGGAUGCAGUGGUCAUAGCAGAUGCGGACGACGUCUCCACCUUGAAGAGAGCCAUCAACAUUGGAGACACCCAGCUGGUUCAACAGCUGUUGGACAAUGGCCUGGACGUUGAGACUAGACUGGGGUUUGAGUGGACACCUCUGAUGUAUGCUGUGCACAUGGCUAACUAUGACAUUACUAAGCUGCUGCUGGACAGAGGAGCCAGUGCCAACUUCAGUAGGGACCAGCACACUGUACUGAUGGCCGCAUGCACAGCUUCCGCCAGUGAAGACAAGAUGGUCAGGUGUGUGGAGCUGCUGCUGUCCAGAAACGCUGACCCCAACACAUUCAACAGAUCUCACAUGACGUCUCUGAUGCUGGCGUCCCGGGACGGCCAUAGUCGUGUGAUCAACCUGCUGGCGUCUCACGGGGCCGAGGUGAAUUCCCAGGAUGAAAACGGGUACACGGCCCUAGCGUUCGCGGUGCAGUACGGCAGAGAAGAGGCGGUCCUUAAGUUGCUCCAGCUGGGAGCCGACAAGAAAAUCAAGACCAAAGCUGGCAAGAGUGCCGCCGACUUAGCCAAGGUGUUCAAACAUCCACAGAUUGCCAGGAUUCUGGCCUCCCAAGGCAAUUCCCUCACUAAUGGGCUAUUAACCAGCUCCAAGGAUGAGACCCUCUUCAAGUUCUUCAAGAGGGACCCCAAUCCUCCUGCUCCUUCCAAGGAGAGUCUGUCCAAGCUGUGUGACAUCGAGCUGCUUCUGCACGGCCUCAACCUGGAGUACCUCUCUGACAUCAUGCUAGAAAAUGACAUUACUUGGAGCCAGCUAUUGACCAUGGAGCAAGAGGACCUAGAGAAGAUUGGUAUCUCCGACCCUGAGGACCAGCAGAAGGUCCUGAGUUCAUUACAGGAGAUGCGUCUGGACCAGGUGGACCUGGAAACACUCAACCGUCUCCAGAACAUGGACACCGGGAGUGAGGAGCUGUAUACCUUCCUAAUCAGCCUGAGACAGCAGUGCUGCUACCUGACAGAGACGGUGCAGGACGUCAUCAGCCGCUUCCCCCGCCGAGCCUCAGAGCUGGUGUUGUCCCUGGAUCCCAACAAGGAGGCCCAGGCCAUCUGUAAUGAGCUGGUGGCACAAACUGGGGACCUGCAGAAAGAGGUCACCUGCCUGAGGAACCUGCUGCACAAGAUGGACCCGGCCGGAGAUUCCUGCCUGCUUCCCCAACCUGGUUCCCACGGUGACUGGAGGAGAUGGGUCCUGAAGGCGACUGCACUGAGCAUGCUCGGAGCAGGCCUGCUGUUUGCCCUGUCCAGAGGCAAGAGUAUCUGGGUUUACCUAUAGUCACCACCAUGCGCCAAAACACUCAAUCACGUAUAUUGGAUAAAUAGUCGUAGGUUAUCAAUCAAUUAGCGUAAUUGUUUCAGUUGACAUUUCUGUUUGAGGAAUUAUGACAAAUAUAAAUAUCUAAAAUGCAGAAGUUUAAGGAAGGUUACAUUUUCCACUGAGGUUCCAUAGUUUUUUGUUGUUGUUUUUUUACUUUAUUAUUGAUUGAUAUUGUACUUAAUUGUUUAUGAAUAAAAAACCUGUUGGUAUCCAGCAUUAGGU